CCACGCUCAGUAGCCCUUCGUACCACCUACUGGGCAGACCAUCUCCCUCACGCUGCUCGGGGCCACGUCAGAGGAGCACAACUCGGUCCCGCCGCCGCGAGGAAGUCCCCCUCGACGCUGAGAUCAGCUAAGGCGAUGCUGAAUAACUGCAGCGCCUUCCCCAUCCCCGCGUUCACAGCAGGCGUGACCACCACGCACAGACAGUGUGACAGUGAAAGGCAAGGAGUGUUAUAGUGUCAACUAUAGCGAAAGGCAGAGUGUAACUCGUGUCCCUGGGAGGUGCAGUGGGGGACCCACAUACACCACCUGCUGAGCCAACCACACUACCACCGCUACCGCUGCUUCUGCCCAGCCUACGUCGCUUAACCUCUGCCAGGUCAUCGAAACCACGGUAACUACUGAUGGUCUAACUACACAGGCGACAGUGUUUUGUAGCACCAAACCAAGAAGCCGCCUCGGCACGGCCUGUCCUCUAGUCAGCCUUAGUCGUCAGCGCCCUCAGGCACAGCCCUGCUUGAGGAUGCCGAGGGCCUUUCUGCUCACCAACAACCGCUACUCGCCUGACGACCCUCCGCCAGAAUCCACCCUCGAGGAUCUCUCAGCUGCUCCUCCCGCGGACCCGCCGGGUGUCGAGCUUCCUCCUACGCCGACCUCCACGCCCUCGCCGACCGCAGGUAUGGGAGAGGCGAGUGUGAUGUACAACGUCCCGGGGACGGUGCCCCCCAUGUCACCGCCGCAGGGCGAGACCCCCUGGCCGCCUUCGCCUGCGGGGCCUCACGACUCCCUCACGCUGCUCGCUGACAUCGCCCUUGUGUGCGCCGACAAGCCCUGGCUGGCAGCCUUGCGUCCCGAGGACCUUCCCGCCCGCUACACCACGCCUACGCCUGCGCCGACGCCCACACCCGUCAGAGACACAAGCACACCCGUCCUCGAACUGGACGCCCACACCACCAUCAUCACGGUCGCGCCUCAGGCGGAGCAGCCCCUCAACCUGAGCACCAGCCCCCCUCGAAGCCCUGCCCCCGCCGCGCCCACGCCCCCUUCCACGCCUCCUCCACCUGCCGUCCGGGACGCCCACGUGUGUCCUGAGUGUGGCAGAACUUACUCGACAUCGUCCAACCUAGCCAGGCACAGGCAGACGCAUCGCUCGCCGGACGACAAGCGCGCAGCUCGCAAGUGUCCGUAUUGCGAUAAGGUGUACGUGAGCACGCCCGCCUUCAGCCAGCACAUGCGCACCCACAACCAAGGCUGCAAGUGCCCCACCUGCGGCAAGUGCUUCUCCCGCCCCUGGUUGCUGCAGGGACACAUCAGGACACACACAGGAGAGAAGCCCUUCCGGUGCAGCAUGUGCGGGAAGGCUUUCGCCGACAAAUCCAAUCUGCGCGCGCACGUGCAGACUCACUCCAGCGUCAAGCCUUUUGCCUGCACGCGCUGUGGCAAAUCCUUUGCUCUCAAGUCCUACCUGUACAAACACGAGGAAUCAUCCUCUUGCAUGAAGCUGCACCGCGCCCUGGGACGUGGUGCAGCCCCUUCCCGCCCCGCAACACCAGCAUCCACACCCACUGUCGCCACCCACACCACCGAGCUCUCGGGGACAACACCCGUUCACCCGCAGCAGGCGCCCACGGUCCAGCCCAACACGGGCGUUCGAGCGAGCACACGAGCCAUGCACACAGUCACCAUCCUGCGGUCCGCGUCACACGUGGCCACCGCCCGCGUGCACUGAGGCGUCGAGUCCGACCGCAAGGGCCCCUGAGCCGCUCCACUUGGCUGGAAGCUGAUCAGGACGUGGCGGCCGGAGGGGGGGAGGGGAGGGUGCAAUAGUGCCUUGGGUAGUGAGGCCGGACGACGGCAAUACUUAAUCUUUACUAGUCGCUUGUCAGGGACUAAGAUUUACUUCGUACGUGGCUUUCAGCCUAUGGGAUUCCUUAACUCGGAUUCGAGUGUCAUAUCAUG